AGAAGAGAGAACAACAACAGCGUCGGCGACGGUAGUUGACGAGAAAGACAGCAGAGCAAUUUAGCUCUUCCUUGUUCGGUUUCACAAAGUGUUGGCAGUUUGUGAAAGGUUAUUACACCCGUUAUUGUUCACAUUUAGAGACAACAUGUCGGUAUUUGCUAAGUUAUUCGGCGGCGGGGGUAAGGGUGGUAAAGCGCCGACACCCCAGGAGGCUAUCCAGCGACUCAGGGAAACUGAAGAGAUGUUGGCCAAAAAACAGAAUUUUUUAGAGAAGAAAAUCGACCAGGAGCUCAUAACGGCGAAGAAGAACGGCACGAAAAACAAACGAGCGGCUCUGCAGGCCUUGAAGAGGAAGAAGCGUUAUGAGAAGCAGCUGGCUCAGAUCGACGGCACGUUGUCUACCAUUGAGUUCCAGAGGGAGGCGCUAGAGAACGCCAACACCAACACAGAAGUGCUGAAGAACAUGGGUUACGCUGCCAAGGCGAUGAAAGCAGCACACGAAAACAUGGACAUAGACAAAGUAGACGACCUGAUGGCGGACAUCACAGAACAACAGGAAGUGGCACAAGAAAUCUCAGAUGUAAUUUCCAGACCAAUUGGUUUCGGAGAAGAUUAUGACGAGGAUGAGCUUAUGGCUGAGCUGGAGGAGCUGGAGCAGGAAGAAUUGGACAGAAAUCUUCUGGAAAUCGAAGGAACAGAGGACGUUCCUCUACCCAGCGUACCAUCUUCAGCACUACCAUCUAAACCGGCCAAGAAGAAGGAGGAAGAAGACAAAGACAUGUCUGACCUGCAGGCCUGGAUGGCUAACUAAGCUAGCUUGCCCUGCUAGCUAGCCAGUGCCCCUCUCCUGUCUGUCUCUGUGCCACCAGGCUGGUCCCAGACAUCUGGAAGCGAGACAGGGACUCUGGGCUGCUGAGCUGGCUGCCGGCUUGCUGCUCUGUCUUAAAGCCUACGUCCCGAUAUCUAGCCAUACCCCGACCCUGAAGUAUGCACUUGUGCACAUAUUCACUGACUUAAAAUGAAGUGAGCCCAGGCUUUUCUCCUCUGAUGAAUGAUACACAGAGAAUCUCUUUGCUCAACUUAUGCACUCCUCUUAUUGUAAAGGGCAUAGAGCAAGUGUCAUCCCCCAACAGCCUGUGGUUCUGUAUAUCGAAGUUCUCUUUGCGAGCAGAAAGAUUGCAUGAAUGGGCACUUAGGCCAGGAGUGUGCAAGUGCAUACUUCUAGGGAAGAGUGUGUGGAGGAACAGGGCGAGGUUUGUUUCUCGGAAGAAUGUGAAGAAUCAACAAAUGUUUGAGGGGGAAAACAGCAAAACCAGAAGGACAAUAUGACUCAGCCAUUUUUUUGCUUCCUGUCAUCGCUCUGCUCUUCUACAGCGAUGACGGCAGCCCAUCAUCUACAGCACGUCUGCAAAAUCUCAACAGCAGCGAAAAAGAUAACUGAUGAAAAAGUAGGACUUUCCCAUUGAUUAUCACUGUCAAACUACAAAACGAUGUCUUGGUACAGCACUGGAAACGUCCCGCAAUGGGAGGAUCCAGGCUUUGAUCCCUCUAACAAGCAUAUCUCCUGCAAAGUGUCCACAGGCAACUUGUUGGUCAUUCAAUUAAGGAAAUUCCUAAAAUGUAGCGAGGAAAACAACAAUAUUCUGAAAAUAUUUUACUUAUCUCUAGUGGUUUCUAGUCAUCCAGUUUGUCCAGGUGUAGAGGUGUCUGUAAUAUCACUGCCUCCAUCUCAAUACAAUGCAGGUAAAUGAAUUCCUUUUUUUCUUUUUUUGCAUUUUUUCACCACGAAUAUUCCCACUGAGAUUCAGAAUCUCCUUUAAAAGGGAGUCCUGUCCACAACACAGAAGUAUUUUGCUGUUUAAUGUUUCAAUACAAUAAUCAGAUGCAUUAUUAGAAAAAGUGAUCAUUUCUCAGUGGAAAACUGUGCAGAAAUCAACCAAAGCUACUCAGUUUUGUUCAGUUAUGCAUUGUAGGAGUGGUGGGCCUCCAUUAUGUCUGUCAGAGGGCACAUUGUCUGUUACUCAGUUGAAACUUGUACGUGCCUGACACCUCCAGCGCCUCGUGUGUCUUUGGUUUAACAGCGAUGCUCUUUGAGAAAAUCCUGCAUGGGUGGAAUUUAAAGGUAAUGUGUGUGAGCGUGAUGCGAUGUUCUUUCAGCCUUUUGACACAGUGACCUCUUGUGAAUAUUUAGUCAAAUUGAGUUGGUGCGCUGGAUUUCUUUCAUUUGCUCUCGGCCCGCCUGUCAUGUGGAAUUGAUUUAAACACUGACAGAUGAACAUGAGACGUGUUGGUUUCAUGUUGAUCUUCAUGAUAAAUCAAUUGUCGCUACACUUCCCUCCUUCUGUCAGCAGACACGUUUAUGCAUGGACGGACCGGGGUCGGUCCAGAAUCAAACAUAUGGUUGAGGCUAUUUUAAACACCUCUGUCUUUGAGUGAAUGCAUUAAAUGAAGUAGUGAUUUAAAACUUUUGCCCGUUUUUGUCAUCAAAUCACCAUAUUUGUGAGCGGGUCGACCCCGGUUCUGAUAUUUGAAGACUAUUACACUAAUGGUUGAAAAGAAAGUUGCAUAUGCCAAUAGAGUUUGUUUUUCUUUUUUUCUGUUUACCUCAAAUAUCACUCAUCUUCUGCCUGGCUGUACGGAAACACAGUGUGACCUGUAGCCGGUACAAAGAAGUUGGACUUUGGAGAUUUUCCAUGCGGUAGCCAUGUUGCUCUGUGACUGGGGUUGUAUACAGUUUACCUUAAUAAAGUUGGGAUUCGAUGCAAAUAUCAA